AUGGCGGCCCUUUACUUAAAUACGGCCUUUAAGCCAACAAUACUUCUGAAUAUUUAUACACCCCCAAACUUAAAGGAAAGAAUACAUUUCUUCGAUGAACUAGUAAACGUCAUUGAUACACUCCCAAAGAGAUACAAUAUGAUAAUCCUAGGUGAUUUUAAUACCAAAAUAGGAAAAGAUGAGAUGUAUAUAAAAAACAAAACUAUUGGAAAUUUUACGAUGAUUAGCCCAAAUAGGUCGGACAGCCUUUCCCUACUUGAAUUAUGCAAAAAUAAUGGUCUGAAGAUUGAAAAUACUUUCUUCAAACACAAAAAUCAACACAUUUAUACCUUUUAUAGGAAUAAUUAUUCCUCACAGAUCGAUUUUAUCUUAUCAAAUAUUCACAGUUGGUUCUUUGAUGUUAAAGCAAUGACCACCAUUAAUAUUUCUGACCACAAAAUGGUGGUAGGUUGCUUAAUGAUUAAAAGCGACCUAUGGAGGAACAAAAACACAAGGUGUAAUGCCACUGAUAGGUUACCUAGACAAUUAGAUUUUAAAGAUAAUUUUAACCAUCUAAAACUCCCACUAGUCAAGGACGCGAUUUCUACCAGACUCUCAUUGAAUAUUCAGCAAUUCUUGCAAAGCAAUCAAAAUUCAACUUUAGAAAAAUGUUGGAGUGAUUUUAAAUGUAUCUUGCUGUCUACUUGUAAGGACUUCACGAAUAUUAGAGGCCCUCCCGUCAGUGAUUGGGUUUCCCCGAUUACGGCGUCUAAGAUUGCUGAAUUGAAAUCUAAGAGUCACAGGGACAAGGAUUUAUGGAAACAAAUUCAAAGACUCCUAAGAUCAGAUAGGCGCAAAUAUGUUGCUGAGAAGGCUAAGAAGAUCGAAGUAGACAUGAAGUGCAAUAAAUUGUACGAUGCAUACAAAAAAUUAAAGCUUUUCUGCAAAUCUUCGAACUUUAGAAGUCUCCCGAAACUGAAGAUAAAUAACAAUAUUAUAUGUGACCCCGAGGAGCAGAUGAAGCUCUGGUUGGACCAUUAUUCGUAUAUGUUUAACUCUGAACAUCUAGUUUCAUUUACAGAGUGCGACCAAAUUCCUCCUAGUUCAAAUUUUACAACUGGGGAGAUUAAGAGGGCUAUCCUUAAACUAAGGAACAACAAAGCGACGGGACUGGAUAACAUUAAAGCGGAGCACUUAAAAGUCUCUCCUGAUUACAUUUCUGUGUUUUUACUUAUGGUCUUCAACAAGAUCUGGGCUUCUGGUGUCACUCCUAGAGAAUGGAACUUAUCCUUCAUUUGCAACUUCCCUUAG